AUGAAAUUCCGUGGUGAGCACAAGAAAUGGAAAGAUGAACUUGCUUUUUACCGUUCCGAUCCCGGAAAGUCUUCGAACGGAAUUAUCUCGGAAGUGGUCGCACAUCUUCUUAAACCCCCAAAUUCGACUCCUACUAGGUUGAAUCUUGCUAUCGAUACAAUAACAGAACGUGACAAACAGACGCACAAUAUGUCCUCUGCGGGCGAGGAAUGGAUAGCUCUCACACAGGCCACUUCCAUAGUCAGCGAAUGUGAUGUUGAGGCCGUCUUCCACCAACUUUCACCAGUAUCGCCGGAGUCUCUUUUAGGGGAAUGGCGAGGAGCUGAUCUAAACACUGGUCAUCCUGGAGUCGAGAAAAAUAAAGAGCUCAAAUGGGCCGGGAAGUCAUUCGUAUCGAUUGAUGAUGUUAAGCCGAUGAUGGUGUACGGCGAUGAUGGAAUGAGGGUCUGGCUAGAGGCGAUCGGUAGUGCUCGUCUUCGUGAAGUAAAAUAUCACAAUAUAGUCUCCACAGCUAUGAUUUACAACAAUCAGCCCAUUAUCGAUCAUUUUCGAAAAGUAAAUGAUACCAUGGUGGCAGGGGUUAUGGACACUCCUCUAUUCAAGGAUGGUGGGCUUUACUACUUCUAUUUAACUAAAUUACCGCAAGAUAGCUUGCUUUGA